UGCAUUGAAAUCGGUCCGUAUGGUAGAGAUAUUUAUUUCCCUAGAUUCUCAUCCACCAUCAAAAUUUGGCCGACUCCUUUGAAUAAGCGAAUAUUAUCGUAAUCAAAACUCCAACGCCCCUCGUUUUCUUCGCCUCUUGUCUUCUCGUAUCCCAAUAAAAACCCACACUGAUCACGGAUACUGUAAAAUAACUGCCACCUCUCUCCAUGAACAAUCCCCAUCUGAUCUUUUUCUGUAACACUGUAAAACAAAUGCAACCAAUCUCUCUCCUUGAGCAAUUCCCAUCUGAUAUUUUUCUUUAACAAGUAAUUAUGCCCGAUGGGUCUUCUCUCUUGUAGAAGGUCAGUGAUAACCAAAUAUCAACACUCUGUUUUCCAUUGUUAUGAAUUCUAAACGAAUGAAAGAAAAAGAAAAAAAAAAACUUGGUGAAAUCUGAAUGCCUGUUUCUUGCUUAUGUUACAAGUUUUUGAGCCUUUCAAGAUUUUAUUAAGAGAUAUAGAUAAUAAGAGUGGAACGAAGCUAUUGGACCCACAUGCAGAUUCUGGUUCAGUUUGUUUUGUUGGUGAUUGUCUGUUCUGUUCUCGAGUUGCACAAGCGGGUUUUUGAGGUUUUCUUGGGGGCUUUCAUGAUGGACUUUGUUUCAUUCUUGAAGCUUUUGAGUCCAGGAAAGGAAGUUUUUGGAUGUGGGUUUUUGGUGUUUGGUCGUUUCUCAUAUGUUUUUAAUGUCUUGGGUCUGUUUCUGAUGAUUGGUAUGGGGUUAAAGUUUUGGCAAAUUGGUUUGACUAAUAAGGGUAUAAUGCAAUUUUUAUGUGAUGUUGGAGGGAAAUCGAAUGAUUUGAGAGGUGGGAUUUGUUCAAAACAUGACCUGGAUGAAGUUUAUGAUCCAAAGAUUAGGGCUUGUCGGUCGGUUUCAUUGAAACUUGUAGACAAUUGCAAAGAACUUGUCAAUGGAGAUAUUAAUGGUAAAGCAAAAUAUGCUGUAGAAGAGGAUAGUGAUGAAAAAGAAAACGAAUGCUGUCCUGAAGAUAAAGAAUUUGACGUAACGGCAUUGAGGAAUUUGGUUAAAAUUGAAAAGAGAAGAACAAAAGCUGCUUGUCAAGAGCUUGAGAAGGAGAGAAUAGCAGCUGCAUCAGCGGCUGAUGAAGCAAUGGCCAUGAUUUUGCGCCUUCAAAGCGAGAAGAGUUCAAUGGAAAUUGAAGCUAAUCGGUACAAGCGAAUGGCAGAGCAGAAGCAGGAAUAUGAUCAACAAGUUAUUGAAUCAUUGCAAUGGAUUGUAAUGAAACAUGAGUCAGAGAGGAGUUUAUUGGAAGAUCAACUGCAGUGGUGCACACAGAAGUUGAAGCUUUAUAUGAGAGAUGAUGAAUUAGACCAAUUUGAACUUGAUGCAGGCAUCAGCCUUUCUCAUGCUACUCAGGAAGAUGGUAUGCAGAAUGAAUUAGUUAGCUCUACUGAAACUGAAACUGAAACUGUGGUAUUGUAAGUUGUUGAUUAUAUUUCACUUUAGGCUUUAGGGUAAGUUUACUACAGUUAGGUGCUUAUCUUUUCAUGUUUGGAGAGUGAUUAAAACGUUACAGCAGAGCUAAUAUCUGUUCUUUAAUUUGUUUCUUCUCCAAAAUUUGAUUUUCUUAGAUUAUUUGUUCCCAUACAAAAUGUAGCUUCAUGUCCACUAAUGUAGAUCUAUAAAUGCAUUUAUCGAGGGAGCAUUUAACAAAGGAUUUGCCAAAGAAAGGAUCCAUAUAGUGUGCCAUAUUGCAUUUUUUCUCUAAUUCAUUGUCACAUUUUGAGCAUUAUAAGGAAUUUAGUACACACUACAUCAUUGAUGGUUGAAGCAUUUUCACUAUGACCAUUUUAAUGUCGAUGCAAAAUUAAAUAUUAGUGAUGUGUCUUCUUGGGAUUGCGGAAGAUGUUAGCUGCUAUAGUUCCAUUUCUGAGCAAUGUACAAUGACUUAUUCACCAAGAAAGACUUACAUUCUGCUAUGAGCAUGAUAUUAUGAGCAAAAUUUGUCUGGACUCCUCUUCUACACUUACACAUGUUCGAGGUCUAAUAUGGUGAGUUUUCUUUAGGAAAUCACAUACUUUAAGAAAAGAUAUAAAUACAGUUAUUUCCACCAUCUUUUAAUUUGAAAUUUCUCUAUUUAUAGGCAGCCAUAGAUCAUACAGAUAUGCAGACUAUAGAUAGCUACCUAAUAUUCCAGUUAGAAGAAAAGGAAACUAGGAUAAAUUGUUUCUAAGUUUGUGAUUUAUUGUUAUUUGAAAUGCAAAGGGCACAUUCAGAGUAGUUCUAUGAGAGACUUUUUUUGUUGGACGGAUGAGUUCCGGCCCUACAUGGCAACUAUAACAAUCUUUCCUAAUUUCUACAACCUUUCCACUAGAACCAUGGUGGAAAUAUUAGCAACCGAGUUAAUAUUGGUUCAUAAUCCGUCAUGUCAUUUGUUAGUGAAUUCUUUACUUCAUAUUUGUGCUGCAGUCAUGUAUUGGUAAAUUGAGGAUGUCUGCCUGUUAUAUACAUUGCUGGUUCCAUGCGUUAACAACAUGGUUACAGUGUCUUUCAACAAUUAUUUCAUACUUAAGUUUAUUAUCUCCCUUCUGCCUUUAUAUUCAUUUCAUUAAGCCAUCUGACUAUUUAGCAAUUACAACAUUUUCUUUACUCGUAGGAAGAUUUGUUCUCUCUACUUGGAUUGAUUAUGCUUUCAUACUUUGAUAUCUGGAAAUGUUUCAUUUCUGUUAUGUUCUUGAACAA